AUGAACUUAUUUGGAGCAGUCACAGACACUCUAUUUGCGCAGAGAGAACUACUCAAGUCCCGACAAGAGCCCUCAGAGGUCCACUCACCUUCUCGCCUCUUCCAAGUGGUGGAAUCCGUGGCUUCUGUGCUACGGAAAAUUCCCUUCCUGAAGCACUGUAUCGGACCACCUGUAGAAGGCGAAGAGUUGAUAAGACAACUUCUGGCUCAACAGAAAGUCUCCACCAGUUAUGAAGAGUGGUACGAGGUUUCACAAAAGCUAGACAUCCUACAAAACCUAGAAAUCUGGAAAUAUGAAAAGGAAUUUUCUUUGUACGAUUACCAGCUCGUCGAAAGACGAUUGGCCGAACUCAGAGAGACCAUAAAUAAUAAAGACUACCCAAAAUUACUAUAUCUAGUGAGAACUACGUGGAGUCGCAAUUUGGGUAAUAUGGGAAAUGACGUUUUGUAUGCAUACUCUCACGUUGGUACCAAGAAACUGAUUGAGGAGUAUGUUGCAGAGUGUGUCAAAGGGCUGAACAUACUGGCAAGUGAAGACAAUGGUUUGGACGAUACUCAUGUCCUGGGAACCCUUAUACAAACACGCAAGGCCAUUGGACGUACGGCUUUGGUGCUUUCCGGAGGAGGAUGUUUUGGACUGAUCCAUAUUGGAGUAAUGGCCACUUUAUUAGAACAGAAUAUGUUUCCCAAGGUUAUAGCAGGAUCAUCUGCUGGAGCCAUUCUGGCCAGCAUUCUAUCUGUUCAGACUCCCGAGGAAACUUUACAACUGCUCAGCACUAUUGCGACUCGGAAAUUCGAAAUAUUUGAGGAGAACAACCAUAGGGAGGGCAUAUUGGUUUGCUUAUCUCGAUUCUUGAAGUACGGUACAUGGUUCGAUAACUGCUAUCUACAGAGAACAAUGCAAACAUUUCUUGGAGACCUGACGUUCAAAGAGAGCUACAAUCGAACUGGAAGAAUUUUGAACAUCACAGUUUCGCCUGCGGCUGUACAUGAACAGCCAACAUUGCUAAACUACCUAACUGCUCCAAACGUUCUACUUUGGUCUGCAGUGUGUGUCUCAUGUUCUUUGCCUGGUGUAUUCCCAUCGAGUACAAUUUUGGAAAAGGAUCCACGCACUGGUGAAAUCUCUGAGUGGAAUAAAGCAGCUACUGUCAAGUUUGUGGAUGGCUCUGUCCACAAUGAUUUACCAAUAGCUCGACUUAGUGAAAUGUUCAAUGUUGACCAUAUUAUUGCAUGCCAAGUCAAUCCCCAUGUUGUACCAUUUCUUAAAAUGGCUGGUGAUGGAGUCAACACUGGCAAUACAUUCCUUCGAAAAUCGCUUCAAAUGGUUAACAAUCUAGCAUCCGAUGAGAUUACACACUAUCUGACAAUUGCAGGAGAACUUGGUAUUGCACCCAACGUAUGUACCAAGCUGAAAUCUGUCCUUGCUCAACAAUACUCGGGAGACAUUACGAUUCUUCCAGACCUCCGUCUCACAGAGUUGAAUUUAUUGUUGACAAAUCCUACUCCUGAGUUUUUGUUAGAUGCCUCAAUAAGAGGUGCAAGAGCCACCUGGCCCCAGAUAUCCAUGAUCCAAAACCACUGUUCUGUCGAAUUUGAGUUGGACAGAGUGAUUGGCCUUUUACGCUCACGUCUGGUUGGACGCCCUGUUCUCAUUGAAAGAAACCGUCCUCGAUCCCGUACUAUAGCGGGAGGAAGAAGAAGCGACACCGCAACAUCGACAGCAAUUACCACAACAACUAACACACGGACUCCUUUCGGUUCAGCUCAUGACUCUUCAUUCACCCCGGUCUACCAUUCAGGUUACAGCUAUUACCUUGAGACACCAGCUCCAGCUCCUGCCCCUCCUGCCUAUACUCGCCGGGCAUCCGCUUAUGAAAGAAGAACUGCUACACAGCCACCAUCCCCAUUACAAUCACCUUUAAAGUCACGAAACAACAGUAUGGAGAACCUAGUUCGUCGUAACUCAUUACGCGAGAUCAAUGCGCUACUCUACAGGGACAAUUCUCCCAAGACUUCUCGCAAACGUAUAGGGGGUCCCAAGAAUCAUAAAUAA